AUGACUGUCCCAGAUAUUCCAACGGACAACGCGUUCCAGGACCACGGUGACGGAACCCGCCACCUUCGCCGGGUCGGCGAGUCCUUCAUCUCAUGGCAGGGUCGCCGUCUGACCAACACUCGUACUUUUGCCUCGCUCGACCAAGAAUCCGCAAACUCCCAGAUGAAGCGUGUCCUCACCGCCAAGGAUCUUUCUGCCAUGGGUAUCGGUGCUAUUAUUGGUACCGGUAUCUUCGUUCUCACAGGUAUCGUCGCCAACGAAAAGGCCGGUCCAGCUGUCGUCCUCUCGUUCGUCAUUGCCUCGAUUGUCGCCGGUCUUGCUGCCCUCUCCUACGCCGAGAUGGCCUGCUUGGUCCCCAUUGCCGGAUCUGCCUAUACCUACACUUAUGCCACCUGCGGAGAACUCAUGGCCUGGAUCAUCGGUUGGGAUCUCAUUCUUGAAUACUUGGUUGGAGCAGCUACGGUCUCGGUUGGUUUCGCACAUUAUCUCGAAGCGUUCUUGGAGGACGCAUUUAAUUACCAUGGCGAAAAGAGACUGAUGGAAGCACCCUUCUCUUACAAGGACGACGUUUUCGAAUUGACCGGUUCCUGGUUCUCGAUUCCAUCGUUCGUGAUUGUCCUCCUCUUGACUGUCCUCCUCUGCAGAGGUGUCAAGUCCUCAGCUCGUGUCAACAACGUCCUGGUCGUCGUCAAAGUCAUUGUCAUCUUUGUCUUUAUCUUUGGCGCCUGCAGUUUUGUCAAGAAGGAGAACUUCGACCCUUUCAUUCCCCCAAACCAGGGUGCCUUUGGUCAGUUUGGUGGAUCGGGUGUCCUUCGUGGAGCGACGGUUGUCUUCUUUGCCUUUAUCGGAUUCGACGCCAUCUCGACUGCAGCCCAGGAGGCCCGUAACCCCCAGCGUGAUCUUCCCAUCGGUAUCGGCUUCAGUUUGAUCUUCUGCACGAUCCUCUACCUCGCCACCUCAGUCGUCAUGUUGGGCGUCGUCAACUACACCGUCAUUGCAGGUACCGGUAUCAGUGACGCUCCCUUCAAGGUCGUCGCCUCUGCCACGGGCCAACGCUGGCUCGCCAUCUUCUGUGAGGUCGGUAUCUUGGCCGGUUUGAUCUCGGUCAUGUUGGUUCUCUUGCUCGGACAGCCCCGUAUCUUCUUCGCCAUGGCCGUCGACGGUCUCUUCCCCCAGUUCGCCUCCAAGCUCCACCCCAAGUACAAGACCCCCGUCGUCACCACCGCCCUCUCUGGUUUCCUCGUCGCCACCGCUGGAGGACUCUUGCCUGUCUCUCUCCUUGCCGACCUGACGUCUGUCGGUACCCUCUUUGCAUUCUUCCUGGUCCACACCUCAGUCUUGCUCCUCCGCUGGCGUGAACCCCAUCGCGAGCGUCGCUUCAAGGUGCCCUUUGGACCCGUCCUUCCCAUCCUCGGUGCGCUCUCCUGCAUUGGUUUGAUUAUUGUCGACUCUGUCUCGGCCAUCAUUCGUUUGGUCAUCUGGCUGUCUAUCGGACUCGUUGUGUACUUUUUCUAUGGUAGACGCAACUCUCGCCUCAACAACCCGGAGAAGUAUGCGACCCCUGACCACAUGCAGGUCGUCAACGAGGGACACAGCCAUCACGCCCAAGUCGAGGUCAAGGAGGGCGAGCAGCAGCUCUACCGUCUUGACCCUGCUCAAACCGAGCACAAGGUCUAA